UUAAAAACUGAAGAUAAUAAAGUAAUAAUUAAGUAAUUUAAUUUGAAUACUCAAACUUUCUAAUAAACCUUAAAAACUAAUAAUUAACUAAAAUAGCUGAGAAUAGAAUUUUAUUAAAUCUUUUAUGAUAGGAACUCAAAUUGCUUAAUAGUAUAUUUUAGAAAUAAAGACAUCGAUAACUAUGGAUUAAGUAGUAUGACUAUUUAUGUGUAUCCAUUUGAUUAGGAUUAAAAUCAAUUUAAUCCUAUAAAUUACUAAUAGGAAAUUUACAUCACUACUAAUCUAAUUUAUUUUUUCUAAUAAUAAAGAUACACAUUCUUGUAUAACAAACUUACAACAACUUAAGUUACUUGUGAUAAUCAUAACAACUUAAUUGUUUUGUCUUUGAAUCACCCAUAAAAAUAGUUUCUAACUUAGCAAUAAUUUGACGAAAAUCUAAAUUUGCUGUUAAUCAAUAAUGGUAUUUCUAGUUUGAUAGCUAAGAAUCUACCAAACUUAAAUUCUUCUAAGAAUUAAAUAAACAGUAAUAAUAAUUUUAUAAUUAACAAAAAUUGGUGGCUUUAUGAAUAAUAUGGAAUUAUUAUAACACUUACAGCAGAUGUUAUCAAUAAUGAGUAAUUAGUAUAAUUUUAGUAUCUUGAUAAUUUAGAAACUUCUGUAAAUCCUCUAAAAUUAAAAUCUAGUGACCAAGCUUUUUGGUUUAACAAUUAUGAAACCUUGAUAGUGUGUUCUGAAAAAUAAAUAACAUCAUACCAGAUCUAACAACAUCAGCUUAUUUUAAAUUAUACUUUUGAGUAUGCUAAUUAAAUUAAUAAUUGCUUUUAAGUUUUUUUAAAUCCAUUUAUUUUUUGCUAAAAUUAAGGAGCCUUUAAUUUCUUAAACAAAUAAUUCUAUCUUUAGCCUGACUUGCUUAAUGUUGAUAAUAUUUUUGUAGAAAAUUAAAAAUAUAUUUUCUUCAAAACUUAAGUUCUUUUUGAAGUUAGUAAAGGAACAUUUUAGCUAAUAUAGCUCAAUAAUAUUGAGUUUGAUGUGGAAAAUAUGAAAUUAAGUCCUUAUUUUAAUGAUUAAGGAUUUUAUGUUGUUCCUAAUUAAUAUUGUUUUAUUUUUAGUCUACCAGAUUUUGAUUCAAUUGUAUCAUAUGAUUUAAUUGGCGAAAGCAAUUCUUACACAUGUGAUUUUAAUCCUGAGCUUUCUAUUUAUUCUAUAUAUUAUAACGAAACACUAAGUUCCUACCAGUUUCCAGUAUAAUAUAGUGGAUAAACUUAAUUAAUUUUUAAAUUGGAAAUUCCUUUCAAUUUGUAAAAUUAUUUCUCUUCCAAAAGCUAUAUAUUUCGUAAAUAUUUUGUAAGCUACAAAUAUUUUACGUUUAACACUUAUGAUUAAUAUUUAUAUUUGCUCUUGAUAGAUAUUUAAAAUGGAGAAAUCAUACAAAUAAAUAAUUUUUUACAUUCAGGCUCUGCAGAAUAUUUUUUUGUGGAUAUAUGGGAAGAGAAAGAUGUUAUUCUUUCUAACGAUAUUUUAAUAUCAAUUUCUGAUAUAUAACUAACUUUAUCAUUUGAUAAUAAAUAGAAAAUAGAUACUCAGUAAAUAAGCUAUAGUAAGCUUUACAAUUAUAUAAUUUAUUAAGCAAAUGAUUCAAAAUAGCUAGUAAGUUUGGAUAUAUCUGAAAUUUUUCCCAUUAACUCUUAGAUUGGUCAAAUAUCAAGUAGAUAUAGUAAUUAUUCCAUAAAUUUUUAUCAUGUUUCCGAUAUUGACUAAGACCAUUAAUAAGUAGAAUUGAUAUAUUUUAAUUAAAAAUUAAGUUAACUCAUAAAAUGGAAAUUUAUUAGCUUAAAUCAGGCUCUUAAUCAAAAUUAAUAUUUAUAAAAUACUGAAAAAUAAGUUGUUCUAGAUGUCACAUAUAUAUUUAAUGAAAUGAUUAAAUAGUAAAAAAUUAAUAAAUAGGCGGCUUAAACUUAAUACAAAAUAUACCUCCUAUACAAAGAUGAUAUAUAAAAAAUAUUUGCUUUCUAUUUCAAAUGCUAAGCAGUUAUAUUUAAUGAGGAUCACUAAGUAUUAUAAAUUAUAGAUUUACAGUAGUAUUAAUGCCAAAUCAUGGUAUCAAGAUAAUAUAGUUCUCCCUCAUUAAGCAAUUAAUAGCUAGAAUCAUAGAAGAUUUACUUAAUUUCUUAAGAAUAAACAAUAAUAAAUAUUUUUUACUAAAAUUAUAAUGUCAUUCUAAAAAAUGUAUAUACUGAGCAAUAAUAAGAUGAUUAUAAAAUUUAAAGUUUGAUAAGUAUUUCAUUGGAAGAUAUUUAAGUUAGCAUUAUUACCUAUUAAAACUUUAAAAAUACGAUUACUAUUCUUAUGGAAAAUUAAAAUAUUAUUUUUUAUAAAAAAUUUACAUUUGAUUAAAUCUAAAAUAUUUAUUCUUAUUGUUUAGAAAGUAUUAGUAAAAAAGUAAUAUUAUUGAUAGGAACUGAAUAGAAUCUUUUAAUAUAGUAAAUUAUUUGGGAUCAAAUCAAAAAUGAAAUUUAACUUGUUGAAUUAAGUCAAUUUUCUCUUAAUUAAAAAGGAUAAUCUUAGCUAUUAUAUACUUUAAAAUAAGUUACUUAAAACAGCAAUUUUGAAAAAAUAAUGCUAAUUCUAACAACUCAAAAGAGAAUAAUGCUAUUCUAAAACAGUGAAAGCAACGCUUUGUCUUUUGACUUAAUCAGAGAAAAUCUAAAACAUUUGAGAGGUUAACACUAAAUAUAAAUUCAUUAAAAUAAUUAGAAUAAUGAAAUAUAAAUUCUAUCUUUAUUUAGCUAACUACAAGUUUCAUUCUAUUCUCUUCCUUCUCUUCAAUUUAUAUCUAGAAUCGAAGAAAAGAAUGCCAUUUAAAUCACAUCUGUGCAUCUUGUUUUUUCAGUAGAAAUCAUUGUAAUUGUUUGCAACUAAUAAGAAAUUUAAAUAUUUGUUCUAUCAAGGUUAAAUAAAGAAAAAAAAUUAUUGCUUUAAAAUUCAAUAAAGCUCUCAUCAGCCACAAUUUAUAAUGUUGCAAAUAUGAAUUAAAAUAUGGUUGUUUUCCAUGGAACUAACUUAAGAGGAUAUUUUAUAAUUUACUACUCUUUAUCAGAUAAUCAGAUAUUCUAAAAUUUGAAUUAAGAAUAUUCUAAUUUAUAAAAUGGAAGUUGUUUAAAUAUUUUUUAAUUACAAAAUCAAAUUUAAUAUUAAGAGAUGUAAUUUAAUUAAAUUAUUAUGCAGGAUAAUCAUCCAGAUUCAACUACCAUACAAAUUAGUGUAGAUCUCUCUGCCUCUAUAGAUUUAUUUAUUCCUAAGUAUAUGAUAUAUCAAAGCAGCUUAUAUUAAAAAAAAUAUAUCGAUUAUAGAAUAAAUUUAAUGGGUUUUUUAGGAACUCCUAAGUAAUAUUCACUAAGCAAUUACUAAAAAAUACUUUAAAAGAUAUAGAUAAAUAAUGGAAUCUUAUAUAUUGACUCAGACAUUGUGUUUUAAGAUUUAAAUUCUUUUAUUCUUGAAAAUAUUUCAAUUAGAUUUAGUUCAAAAAACUGUAAAUUAACUAUUUUAAAUGUAUAGGAAGUAAUAUUUGAAAAUGUUUCUAUCUUAGAUUAGCAAAUAGAAAACUCAAAUAGACAAAAUUAAAUAUCUUAAGAUGGUUAGCUAAUGCUGAAUCCUCUUAUUAAAUUAUAAAAUUGCAGUAAUGUUUUGAUUUUUGGAAUGUAAUUAUAAAAACUCUCUGUAUAAUAAGAUUUUUUUUAGUUUGAAGAUGUGCAAAAUAUUUAAGUUGAAAAAGUCAGAUGUUAAGAUUUACUUUUAAUUGGUACUCUAUUUUCUUUUAGAAAUUAAUUUAAAAUUUUAAGCUAGACAUCAAUUGAAAAUAUUCUUUUGAGUAAAAGUCUUAUCAUAUCAUUAUUUUAAAUUCUUAAUGUAAAUAUCUUAAACAUUCACAAUAUCCAAUUACAACAAAUAAAUAAUAUAUCAAAUAAUCCAACUGAAAUAGAAAAUUAAUUUUAUUAAACUUACUAAAAAAUUAAUUACUCUUUAAUUAAAAUAACUUUGAUACUUGAUAGAGCUUUAAUCACGUAGCUAAUUUUAAGAAAUCAAGUAAAUCAUUAAUCACUACUUGAUUAUAAGAAUUUCUAUGACUUUAAAAAUGAAACUUUUAGCUCAUAAACAUCAAAUCUAAUAAUUAAAAAUGUUUAUAUUAAUCAGUGUUAUUUUCAAAAAUACGCAUUUUACAUAACAGAAAAUUAAGCUCAUUUAUAAUAAAUAGUUAUCAGUAAUACUAAUAACACUUCACUUAUUUUAUACUAUAUUGAAAAAGGACUAAAAAUGAUUGACAUAAAAUGUAUUGAUAACUUUUAUGAUGAGAAUUCAAUAAUUGAAAUUUUAAAUUCUUAAGUUAAGCUGAGUAAAAUUACAAUCUUGAGAAAUAAAGUAACAUCACAUUUAAAUACACUUAAUUCAAUUUCAUUAACAAAUACUAAUUUUUUAAUUGAUAUAUUAUCUGCUGAUAAAAACACAUCUCCUUCUGGAUUCCUUUUUAUAAAUGGAAUUUUCAAUAAAAAUGUAGAUUUUUUAACUUCAUCUUAGCAAAAUCUAGUGAAUAACUGUAUUAUAACUCAUUGCAACAAUAAUGCUAUAAUCUUAAAAAACUUAUAACAAAUAAAUUUUAUAAAUUCAAUAUUCAGUGACAACAGCUUAGAAAAAUAGGUAGAUGAUGGAGGUGCUCUCAAAAUGAAUAAGGUAGAACUUUGCUAUUUGUCAAAUUCUUAAAUUAAGAAUAAUUUUGCUAAAAAAUAUGGUGGAGGAAUAAGUAUGCAAGAUUCAGAUUUAUUUAUAGUUAAUAGUUAAAUUUAAAAUAAUUAAGCAGUAAUCGGAGGUGGUUUAAGAUUUUUUAAUUAAAAUAAUUAAUUGCCAAAACAUUUUUUUACUAGUUAGUUUAAAUCUUAAAUUAUUAAUAAUAAAGCAGAGUUUUUUGGGAAUAACCUAGCUUCGAUUCCAUUUAAAAUUAAAUUUCUUUCUGAUUUAGAUAAUUUAAAAAUUAGUUUAAAUUAAUUCAGUACUUCUUUUAUAUUUUAAGUUUAUGGAGUUGAUGGAGAGUUGAUAAAAUAUAAUAAGUACACCUAAAGACUAAUGCAAGAAGGGUAUGAUUUUUUUAACUAAUACUAGUAAUUUGAGUUGAUAAGUGAUUAAAAGAGUGUUUAAAUAGAAAAUUAAGUAAGAACAUAUAAUGUUGAAAAAAACUACUUUAAUAUUACAUGCAAUUUAUUGGAUUAUGGGUACAAUGAGCUCCUUGAAAUGUAGAAUAAAAAUACAGAUUUAAAUGAUUUUUAUAAGAAAAGAAGGAUUAUUUAAUUAAAAGUCUUAUCAAAUCCAUUAUAUUAAAUUGAUUUUUCAAUUUCUUUUUCAUAAUGCUAAGUAGGCCAAUUAAUUUUAGGAUUAUAAUAAAAUUUAUAUCAAUGUUAUCAAUGCAACGAAAAUACAUACUCAAUAAUAAAUCCAUAUACUAACAUAAACACAAGCAAGUGUCAAGGAUGUCCUGUAGGAGCUAUUAGUUGCUAAGGAAGUAAGAUUUAACUAGAGGAAGGGUAUUGGAAAUAAGAAGGAACAUAUUUUGUAAUUUACUGUCAUAAUAAACCUAACAAAUGCACUUAAAAGGUAUAAUCAAAUGAAUUUAAUAAUCAAUAAAGUAAUGGCUGUAUAGAGGGAGGUUUUGGACCUUUAUGUGAGAGCUGUGAUUAUAAAAAUAUUAUUUGGGGAAGAGAUUAAGACGAUGCUUAUGCUAAAAUUAAUAUGUACGAUUGUAUUAAUUGUAAAGAAGUCAACAUUUUUGAUUAAUUCAUUAAAUUCAUAGUGAUUUUUGCUUUUAUAGCCUGCCUUUCUUAUCAACUGAUAAAUGAAACUUUAAAUAGUAUACUUUUUCUUCAAUGCUAAAUUCUUAAAUGUUUAAAUUUGGUUAUCUUAAAUAGCUCUUUUAUUUUUAGAUAAAAGCAUUCCAUCAUAUUAAAAAUAAUACUUUCCUAUCUUUAAGUUAUUAGUAUGAUUGUAUUCAAUCAGCAAACAGUUAAUAAUUCGAUCAAAGAUACACUUUUAUUUUUUGGAAAUAUCCUUGAAUUAUUAAAUUAUAUUUUAGAUUGUGUCUUUGUUUAAUCAAGUUUGCACAAGAAAUUCAUAAAUAUGGUAUACUUAAGGUUAAUAUGGACUUUGAUUUUAUGCUUUUCUAUCUUCAUUAUAUUAAUACUCUUAAGUUAUGCUGUAUGUAAUGUGCUUAAAAUAUAAAAAAGAUAUAAAAAUGUUAAACAGUCUCUAAUAAUUAAACUAUAUUUAGUUUUACUUCCUGGUCUUAUAGUUUAACUAAUGAGUACAAUUUGGUGUAGAUACAUUAAUAAUGAAUACUAUGUUUAAAGAGAUGUUCAAUUUAAUUGCUUUGAUAAUCAAUAUUUUAUAUUUAAUUUUAUUAUAUCAAUACCUCUGCUAAUAACUCUAAUUCUAUUUCCACUAUACCUUUUCAAGAAACUUUACUAAAAUAGAUUUUAGCUAAAUAAACCUCAAUUUUACAUGAGUUAUGGUUUUGUUUACAGUGAAUAUAAAGAAAAGCUUUAUUAUUGGUAAAUAAUAAAAAUUUAUAAAAAUAUCUUAAUAUUUGUGAUAGUGUAGUUAUUCAACUAAAUGUUUGAAACGAUGUCAAUUAUAGUCAUAAUUCUUUUGAUAUUCUACAUCAAAUUUUAGCAAAUUCACCUGCCAUACAAAAACAGCUAUUUUGGAGAUUUAGAUAUUUUUUCUUAGCUAUGCUUAAUAUUUACUAUUUUUUGCUUAAUAGUAUAUAACAGUGCUAAUUCUAUAGGAUUGGUUUAUACAUCUAUUACAUUUACAAUUUUGAUCAAUUUUGUAUUAUUGAUGAGAAUAUUUUAUUUGCUACUGUCCCAAAAUAAAUUUUCUAAAUUUUUUUUAAAAUGCCUUUAGUUUUUUAGCUUCAAUUUUAGUAAAAAAUUUUAUAUCUAGCAAUAGAACUAUUAAGCUAUUGAUAUUUUAAGAGUAACAAAAAACUGGAAAAAAAUAUAAAACGUAAUAAGAAAAAAUAAAACUCAACAUAAAAGGCUACUUAGUGCUAUUAAUAUCCCAACACAAAGAUUUAUUUAAGAAAUAGAGGAAUAAAAUGAGUAAAAUUCUUUAAAUGAAAGAUAAUCUACUUCUUUAUAAAAAAAAACGCAAUCUCAUAGAUUUUAAAUUCAAAGUCUAACUAAUGUACCAGAAACUGAGGUAGAUUACAACAUUUAGCUUGAAAACAUAUUUAUAAAUGAAUAAAAUAUUAAUUAAUUGAAUAGGUAAACAAUCUUUUAAAAACCAAUUUAUAAUAAACAGUAAUAAAUUUGAUUUAUUUUAUAAAAAUAUAUUUUACAGAUCAAACUAUGUAAUUAUAAUUAAGUUUUAUUUUAGUUAGCUUUCUAAUUAAAUUAUUUUUUUUUAAAUUAAUUUUUUGUGGAAAAAUACUUGAUUUUAUUUAAUUUUGAAUAUCGUAUUUCCUCACUUAAGAUAUCUGAGCCUAAUGUCCAAGUGUGUUAUUUUUUUCAGAAAAAAUGAAGAAAUCUAAAUUUUUAAUCAAACAUUUAAUUUUUAGAGUUAAACAUUUUUUUAUUCAUUAUAUAUGUAAAAAAAAAAAAAUAUUCAAGAUUAAAUGUUUGAUAAUAAUUUAUUUAAAUUUCUUCUUUAAAAAUUAAAUCUUUGAUUAAACAUUUUUUUUAUAUCUAUCAGGUUCGAAACUUGCUUGCUUCAAAACCUUUUUUUUAUUUCUUUUAAUUUUUUUUUUAUUAAAUAAUAUUUAUUAUUCUACUAAAUCUAUAUUUCUUACUCAAGAAAUAACUAUCCGUGAAUAGCUUUACUUUUAAUUAAUUAAUUUUCAACUAUUUUUUUAACAUUUCACCAUUCAAAAUUCCUUCAAAUAUUUUUAAAUUAUUUGCUCCAUACUAACACAUUUUUUUUAAAAUUAAUUUUAAAUAGGUAAUUACUUCAAAAAUUUUAGUAUUGCUCACCUUCUUUACCGUUUAUAUUCAGUCUCGAUAUGAUAAUUGAAUAAAUACUCAGCAUAUAAAAAUCCUUGGUUCAAUAAUUUAUUGUUAUCUUUAUACUUCAAACUAAACUCUAGGAUAAGUGUAUUAAACUAAUGAUAUUGUCAUUUACCAAAUAAAUAAGUUAUCUGAAAAUGAUAAAAUUUAGAUCUUAAAACUAUAUGACAAAGUUAGUUAAAUUUAAAAUGAAACAUAG